UUGAGCUGGUUGGUCUCUUGGCUUCCUCCCUUUGUCCAACGUGGAAGACACAAUGGAACCCCUCUACCAGGCUGAGUCUAUUCUCAUGACGGUGAAUACCCUACAGGGGAAGAAAAUGGUAGAGAGUGGCCUCCAGUCUGGAGAUUUUUCCCUGUCCCAGUCAUGGCCCUCCUGCCUCCCACCACCCGCUGACUUGGAGAUCCUGCAGCAGAAGGUGGACGGGGUGCAACGGGAACUGGAGGACUUUAAGAAAGAGGCAUUGAAGUCCAUCCAUUACCUUGAAGAUGCCUUCUGCAGGAUGAAUGGAGCCCUGGUGCAACAGGAGGAGCAGGCGGCUCACGUGAGGCAGAGGCUAAGGGAGGAGGAGGACUGUGGCAUCGGGCACAGCAAGGUUCUCAUCUUCCUGCUGCCGCGCAAGAAACAGCUCCGGGAGCACUGCAAGCAGCUGGAAGACCUCCUGCUGGACAGGUGCCGUGACGCCCUGCGUGCCACCAAGAAGAGCAAGGCUGACUGAGCCUCGUGGGUGGCACUAGCCAAGCACCAAGUUGAAGAUUUUUUUUUUUUUAGUGGAAGGAGAAACCGCAAGUCCCCACCCCCUUGCUUUCCCUUCCUCAUUUCCAUUGCUUUCCUUCUAUCUAAAUAACACCUCGCUGAGAGGCAAAAAGA